GCUCCGUGUUGUCCGUUUAUUAUGUUAGCCGGUUUGCCAGGCUUAUAUUGUGCCCACCGGCACUCGUUGUAAACGGGCAUCGCGCUGUUCUCAAAACCGCGAUCACGCAUCUCCGCCGAUCCUUCAUUUCCCUCGGUGUCGCGCAAGCUCAAGGAGCUUCGAUCUUCCGUCGCAGCUCAAUAGAAUCCGUGAGGAUCGAUCGCGUCUCUGUUAAUCGUCUAUCGUUAGCUGGGUGAACAGUGAAUCUUUAUCUUUCCGGACAUUAAACUCGAUCUUUGCAUUAUUUUCUGUGAAAAGGAGAACUUUUUAUUAUUCCCUCUAUUCGUACCUUCUCCCGAGGUACCGUACCGAACAAUCGAUUAACAGCUACGCGGAACUUGGUUGUGCGGAAACUUGAAAAUUCGGGGGAUCCGUGAUGACAUUAUCAUCCAGGGAUUUUAUAGUCGACACUUCGACGGUGGGUGAUCGCGAUUCGAGGGUGAUCACGUUCGUCAGCGGAUGAACGGGGCCAGAAAGAACUGUUUUUACGGGCCGGCUCGGUGAUCAUCGCGCGUCUCCAAUUUCUCGGUAGUGACCGGGAGCCUUCCGGUUGCCUUUAAUUAAACCCGGCCCACAGUAAAGCGGCAAACGUUUCAUUCCCCGACGACUAUGCUCGUAAAUUUCGCCGUGGAAUUCCGGACACUGUGUUUUUCCUGAGACUCUGGGGAGCUGCGAGGAACUUUUCGGCGCCCUCUUCGGAUCAUUCCUUUCGUGGGGCGGCUGGGAAGCUUGCGGGGCGAUAAAAUGCCCGCGAGAACGAUUCUCGCGGCGUUUGCAGAUUUUUUUCGCUCCUCGACGACAGUUCUUGUCGCCGGCUGAAUCCAAGAAAGAUUUUCGGGAUUGAAUCAGCUACGGUGCGCGGAAUCCACGCGUGCCGGGAACAGGAAGGCUGUUCGGUGAAUAUACUCCGGAAUAUUUCCAAGCCGUGGGAUUAUUUAAAUCUGUCAAGGGGGAAGGUGCUUUAUGUCAUUGUCACGGCCAUGCCUCUCAGAUCGGAAGCAUCGUCCUCGUCGAGGGAUACGCUCAACACCGUCUCCACUGCGGACGAGCGAGGACGGACCGGAAGAUACCUCGCUGGCGGAGCGGCGCUUGCGAUCACGUUGCUGGCGCUGCAUCAUGCGCUUUUGCGGGACACGUCGACUAUAGCUGGCGUCUGCAUACCGGCCAUUAUAAUGGUGUCCUACAUUAUCUGGAUUCUGUAUUCCGCCCAUCGGGAUCGGCGAAAGGCGUCGAGAUCCGCAACCACGGUGCAGCUGACGGAAGUCAUCAGCGCGCCGCCCAGGACCCAGGACAGGACCUGCAGGAAUGUGGCCAGCACGGACGAGCUGCGGAAGGGCUGCCCGAAAUUGACCAAUGAAGAUUCACGCGGGUCCAGGGAGAAUCCAGCGUUCAGCGUCAAAGACGAAGCCGUGUGAAAGUGCCCCUUACGCGUUUGUUAAUACCGGAUAUUGAAAUGAUAAGAUCGUUGUGAGCGUUUUAUAUCAAAGGGAGCAGUGACGAGGUAGUUUCGUCAACAAUGUUGAGCGCUAUAGUGGAGCGACUUUGCUUGUGAUCGAUUUGUAGAAGUCAUUAUUUUGGAAGAUUGUUGAGUAUCGGAAAUAAUGCGUAAGAUGUUGUUUAGUAGGUUGAAACGUAUUCGAGGUUUUGUAUGCGGAAGUGACAUUGACAGUAUUGAACGAAAUGUAUGUAUUAGAUGAACUUGAGAGGGAAAGAGAUAUGAUCUGAUUACAGUGGUAUAGUUUUGUUUGCUUGAAAACGCGUACGGUGAUUAUGAAAUAAAUAUUAUUGUAUGCUAAUAUUUAAUUGUUUUCGUAGAAAAUGUGUACAUUUUUAAAUUGUCCGUUGAUUUAUGGAAUUCAGAGAAAUGACGCUGUCUGGCUGAAAAUUGAUUGCCAUAGAAGAGGUAAAAUUGUCAUGAAAGCUGUAUUUACUUUUACUGGGACUUUUUGGAAGUUUGCCUUUUGGAAGAUGGAGUUGUAGUAAUAUAGUGAAGUUGAAGGUAUAAUGUUUUAAUUGGAAAAAUUCAUUGACAACAGCUUUAAUCUUGCUAAUCGACAGUAAGUGAAAUAAAUAUUGUAAAUGAAUAAAGUCAUUGUAAACGAAGAAGGAAGCAAAGACAGUUUAUGCGAAAAAACGAGUCAAACACAUAGAAUGAAAGUCCUCUGUAGGUCGCUUCGAUUUUUAAACGUAUUAGUACCUAUAAGUAGAAACGGUAGGUCAGUAACAAACUUGCCUUGCGCGUCUGAUGCACAUCAAGCGUGAUUAAUUGAAAAGCGUGAAAAGUUGUAUUCUAUAUUUUUCACUCAUUUUUUUGCGUUUGAUCAUUUAUAAUCCUCGAAUCCCGAAAAAUAAAUAAAUUUAAAGCAACUAGAGAUUUCUUAUAGAAAACACUGUAACUA